UUUAAAUUAUUAUACAGAAACUUGAGAAGAAAGAGAGAGCCCAAAACCAGACAAACCCCUCACUUUCUGCGAAAUUUUGAUUCAUUUGUUUACACAGAGAGUGUCUCUGCGAUCACUCUCAUCCGAUUUCCUCCAUUAACUCAACCUUUUCUCAGGUAUUUAUCUCCCAACUUCUUCUAAUGCUUCUAUUUCACUUUUGAGAUUUCGACUCUUUUCGAAUUCACAUGGAAUUCAGUGUUUUCUUUCUUUUUAUUUGGGGGCGAGAAGAACAUUAGAUUUUUUAAAAGAUGUCUGGGCAAAAUCAGCGAUUAAAUGUAGUUCCCACUGUUACUAUGCUGGGAGUUAUGAAAGCACGUCUUGUUGGUGCAACAAGAGGCCAUGCUCUUCUCAAGAAAAAGAGUGAUGCUUUAACUGUGCAGUUCCGUCAGAUUCUGAAAAAGAUAGUGUCAACGAAGGAAUCAAUGGGAGAUGUGAUGAAAGCUUCAUCAUUUGCGCUAACUGAGGCCAAAUAUGUUGCUGGUGAAAACAUCAAGCACAUUGUCCUGGAGAAUGUUCAAACUGCAACUCUUAAAGUUCGUUCAAGGCAAGAGAACAUUGCUGGUGUGAAGCUUCCGAAGUUUGAUUAUUUUACUGAGGGUGAAACCAAGAAUGACCUCACUGGAUUGGCUCGUGGUGGACAACAGAUCCAACUCUGCCGUGCUGCUUAUGUGAAAGCAAUCGAGGUUCUUGUUGAGCUCGCCUCACUUCAAACAUCAUUUUUAACUCUCGACGAAGCAAUCAAGACAACAAAUCGUCGUGUUAAUGCCUUGGAGAAUGUUGUGAAACCGAGAAUAGAGAAUACCAUAACUUACAUCAAGGGAGAGUUGGAUGAGCUGGAAAGGGAAGAUUUCUUCAGGCUAAAGAAGAUUCAGGGCUACAAGAAAAGGGAAAUUGAGAGACAGAUGGCAGCUGCCAAGAACUUUGCCGAGGAGCAGGCUGCGGAGCACUUGUCGCUUAAGAGAGGAAUUUCUCUUCAUUCAGCUCAAGACAUAUUGUCUUCGGAGAAGGAUGAAGAUAUAAUUUUCUGAUAUGGGUACAAGUUUAUAUUGUUAUAUUCUUUCUUAGGGUGUGUGGAUCUUUCUCUGGUUCCAGUUCAGAGGUGGAAAGUUUCGACUAUGGACAAUCUUCUGAGAUCUGAAUAAUAAAGCUCCCUGUAUGCUGCUUCUAUUUAUUGUGUAUUAUUUAUGACCAAUUUUCAUAAUCAUUUCAGGGUUUUGAAUUAUGCAAGGUUUAUUUAUUUAUUGGUUCUUGCGUUAUGCCUCAUAAACCAAAUUCGAAGAUAGUGUCCAUUGUAAUAGUUCCCAUUUUUAUAGUUUCAAACAUAAUGUCCUAGCUUCCAUGUUUUAGCAUUGUGCUUGGAAAGUUUGACAAACACAAGUUCAUUUAAUAAAUUAUUUACUUAUGUUGGGUUAGAAA